GGCGCCCCCGCCCCCCGCUCCCAGGCUGCCUCGCUCGGGUGACGUCAGCGCCCGGUCCCCGCUGUCCCCGCGCCCGUCCCUGCUCCCAGCCCUGCCGUCCCCGUUACGGUCCCCGCGCCCGUACCCGCCUGCUAUGGCCGCCCUUGCGCUGCUGCUGCUGCCGCUGCUGGCGCCGCCAACCGCGCCCGCCCGCGACCCCCGAGCCCCGCCGCCGCUCGGGGACGCCGCGAGCUGCCCGCAGCGCUGCCGCCAGCGGGACCCGAGCACACCCGCGCAGGUGGAGCUGGAGGCUCCUUCGGAGUCCCCACAUGACAAGGCCAUGCUGGUCAGCGCCUGUGAGCGGGGCUGCCGCCUCUUCUCCAUCUGCCACUUCCUUGCCCAAAGCUCCCAGCCCAACACCACUCAGGCAGAGUGUGAAGCAGCCUGUGUGGAAGCCUAUGUGAAGGACACAGAGCAGCAGGCCUGCAGCUGGGGCUGCUGGAGCCAGACUACUCUGCCUGAGCUGCUACCAGAGCAGAAGAGGAAGGUUCUAGAAGCACCCAGCGGAGCCCUUUCUCUCCUGGACUUACUUUCCACCCUCUGCAAUGACCUGAUCAGCUCUGCUCAGGGCUUUGUGUCCUCCACCUGGACAUACUACCUGCAGACCGACAACGGGAAGGUGGUGGUUUUCCAGAGCCAGCCUGUGGUAGAGGAGCUGGGAUCCCAGGGGGGCCGCCUGCGACGAGUGGAGGUGACUUGGAGGGGGUCGCACCCCCAGGCCCUGGAGGUGCACGUGGAUCCUGUAGGACCCUUGGAUGAGGUGCGCAAGGCCAAGAUCCGGGUGAAGACACACAGUAGAGCCCGCACCGAGUUGGCGGAGCCCCAGGAUGGCGACUUGCUCAGCUGCAUGUCCCGGCGCUCAGGGCUGCCCCGAUGGGUCCUCGCCUGCUGCCUUUUCCUCUCCCUGCUGGUUACCCUGUGGCUCAGCUGCUGCACCCUGGUCUCUGCGCCCCGGCCACACCUCAAGUUCCAGGCACUGGCCCCUAUACAGCCCCUGACCCUGGAGGCAGACUGGUCCCCAGAAUCCCCUGGCUGCGCAGACAGUCCCCCAUCCUACAAGCUACAACUGGACCUCACCAAGCUCUAGGCCUCCCUCUGCCACCACCUCAGCCAAGGUCACAGAGAAAUGCCUGGGGCUCCUGCACCCCAACUUCGUGCCCCUACCCCCGUCCUGUCCUCCUUUCUCUCCUUGGGUCCAAGGUAGAAUCCUAAUUCCUCCCUGUCCCUGACCCUGUCCCUGGGGCAAGCUUUUGUCUGUAUCGUGGCUUCAGAGUAUUUGAGCCUGUUUUGAUGUCGCCUUCUUCUUUCCCCCUUGUCCUCUUUGGGGGGGGGUCUGAGGCCAUGGGGGUCCAUCUGCUCAGGCUCCCCUCUUUCCCCUUCCUGAUCUACGACCCAGCCCCCCCACCCAACCCCCAGGACAUGGGUUGGGAACACUGUGUAAAAGUGGGAAAUAAAUUGUGUGU